CACGCACGCCUCUUGAUUCUUGACCUCCCUAACCUGUCUCUUCAUGUUUUCUUGUGCACUUUAGCGAAAACAUCUUUUCCGCAUAGCAUAUGCCCGAGCGCCUCGUCGCGGAUCCCAAGGCCGACCUCCCGCUUGGACGUUUCACACAAAGGCCGUCUCUUCGUCGUACUGACACACUUGUGACUCGUCACAGCCGCAAACACUCGCACACAGAACGAUCCUCCGGCAACUGACUGGAUCUGCACACAUAUAUGAUUGCGCCUCUCACUGGCCCCCACGCCCGUCGUCGGCAUACAUAACGCCAUACCUCUUCCUGGUGAGGGGUUGACCUGAAAACGACAAUCGCACUCGGAGUUCAUCGCGGCCGUUCCACGACAAACGAUAUUGCGAGGACGCGUCGAAACCGCCCACCAUGAGUGACGUCGGGUCGCCGGCCGCCCGCGACAAAAGCCGGGGUCAGAGCUUGGUCUCCUUCGUCACCGCCCUGAGUGCUUCGUUGAUCGUCUUUGGAGUCCAGCUUGGUGUGUUCCUGCUCCUCAGAACAAAACUAGCAAGAAUUUUCAAGCCAAAGACGUACCUCGUUCCAGAGCGCGAGCGAACAGAUCCGCCUCCACAAAGCCCAUGGGGCAUGCUGAGCACCCUGCUUCGCUUCAAAGAUCGCGAAAUCAUCAAGAAGUGUGGACUAGACUCGUACUUUUUCCUCCGAUACCUGCAGACGCUGCUCGUGAUCUUUAUACCAAUCGCUGUGGUGGUCAUUCCCAUCCUGGUUCCGAUCAACUAUGUGGGCGGACUGAGCAACGAUUUCGACGUCAGCAAUGACACGGACACCCCAGUUCAGAGCGAGAUCACGGGUCUCGACACUCUGGCGUGGGGAAAUAUCGAUCCCGACAAAUUGAACCGCUACUGGGCGCACCUUAUCCUCGCGCUUGGAGUCAUCAUCUGGGUCUGCGCUGUGUUCUUCUUCGAGUUGAGAGUCUACAUCAAGGUUCGGCAGGACUGGUUGACCACUGCUGAGCAUCGCCUCCGAGCAUCAGCAACAACGGUACUUGUCAAUGGCAUCCCCGACAAGUGGCUUAGCGAGUCGGCUCUACGCGGACUAUUCGACGUCUUUCCGGGCGGAAUCCGCAACAUCUGGCUCACGCGGGACUUCAAUCCACUCCUCGACAAGAUCAAGCAGCGCGACAAGAUCCACAAACAGCUCGAAGCCGCACAGUCAGACUUGAUUCGAGAGACGAAGCGGAAAUACUUGAAGAAGCGAGAGAAGGACGAGAAAGCAGCGCGGAAAGCAUCGAAGGCAAGGAACCUUACCAAAGAAGAGAAGGCUGAAAGACAGAAGAAAGAAGAUGCUGCCGCGCAGAUGCAAGCCGAAGUUGGUCAAGGUGUUAGUAGCGGAGACAAACAUGAGGUUGCGCAUACCUUGGACGAAGCGGUACACGAUCAGCAAGAUGCGGAACAACAUGACGGCGGACCAUCGCACAAAGAUGACAACGAAAACAUUCUCGCCUCCGGCAUCUCCAAGUUGAGCAAGGGCUUUGGAAUGGGAGCAAACUUCAUCUCAAAGACUGGCCACGGAAUAGCGGGUUCUGGAAAGCAGUUUGGCGAGCGUCUCGAUGGUACUGUCGAGACAACAAAUGGCUUCACCCAGAUUGGCGGCGCACCACGUACGCAGUCGCGCCCCGCGACUCGAGGCUCGGACGUCCGCGAAACACAACUCUCAGCUGAGAAGGACUUCGCAAGAUCGUCUUACGAGAAAUCUCCUGUAUCCACGCGCGCCCCUGUGAUGGGCUCCGCCGACACACAGCCUCGCCAUCGCCCAAGUGCUUCAAUUGCUUCGCAGGAUCAGGAUGCCAUGCUCAACAAGGACAGCAUCGAGAUGCAGAUGUUCAACAACACCACGCGGAAGGCCACCAAUCUUGACAACAUGUACGUCAAUGAAGAUGCGCGGUGGUACCAGUUCUGGAAACCACCAUCUGGAGGCUUCGCAUCCCCCAUUCCCCAGGGCUACGAGGACACAGAUUUUGGCCGGAAGAAGCAGAAGACAUUCUGGCAGAAGCUGAAAGCCAUUUUGCCCUUCUCGGGCGUUGAAAUCGAGCCCAUUGAGUACGAGCCCGCAUACACAGAAGAGGCCAAGGAGGCAAUGGAGAAGGAAGAGAAAGCAGAGUGGGAGAGAUGGGUUAAGAAGUCAUCUCGCCCUACUCAUCGCCUUGCCUACGCGGACUGGAUGUUCGCGAUUCCAUUUGUGAACAAAAAGGUGGACACCAUCUACUGGUGCCGCGCCGAGCUCGCUCGCCUCAACGUCGAGAUCGAAGCCGAUCAGCAACACCCUGAAAGGUAUCCACUCAUGAAGUCCGCCUUCAUUCAAUUCAAUCACCAAGUCGCCGCGCACAUGGCCUGUCAGAGUGUGAUCCACCACGUGCCAAAGCAUAUGGCCCCACGCGUGGUCGAGAUUUCUCCAAAUGACGUUCUCUGGGACAACAUGGCCAUCCCAUGGUGGUCCGAAUGGAUUCGGACCCUCGGCGUCGUUGGCGUCGUGUUUGGCAUGAUCAUUUUCUGGGCGCCCGCCAUCGCAUUUACGUCAACGCUCUCUCAAGUCGACUCACUUAUCAAGGCCUUGCCAUUUUUGAGGUUUCUUGAAACCAACGACGUUUUGCAGUACGUGGCACAGGCCUUGGCUGGUGUCUUGCCAGCUGUGUUGCUCGCACUGCUGCUCUGGCUCGUUCCGAUCAUCAUGGACUUCCUGGCAAACCUUAAGGGGGCUAAGACAGGAUCCCAAAAGUCGGAGAUUGUGCAGCAGUUCUACUUUGCUUUCUUGUUCGCGCAGGUGUUCUUGGUCGUGUCGAUCGGUGCCACACUCACUCGAUUCUUGGCCGACAUCGCCGAGAACCCGGCGGAUAUUCCCAACCAGCUUGCUAGCAGUGUACCGGGGGUUGCCAACUACUUCUUUUCUUACAUGAUUCUCCAAGCCCUUUCUGUCAGCUCCGGUACACUGCUGCAGAUUGGUGCCUUGGUCGGCUGGUACAUUAUUGCCAGGAUCAUGGCCAACACUGCGCGUGAGAAGUGGAGGACGCAGACGCAGCUACCCAACGUUAAAUGGGGCUCUUACUUCCCCGUCUACACCAACUUUGCCUGCAUCGCUCUGGUUUACUGCAUCAUCGCUCCGAUCAUCUCCAUAUUCGCCAUCAUUACCUUCAGCCUGCUUUGGAUCGCCAAUCGCUACACCAUGCUCUAUGUCAACCGCUUCACGCUUGACACUGGUGGUGUGCUGUAUCCUCGAGCGAUCAACCAGACGUUCACAGGGCUGUAUUUCAUGGAGAUCUGUCUGAUUGGUUUAUUCUUCCUUGUGAGGGACGAUGAUAACAAGGCCGUGUGCUCGGUGCAGGCGAUCAUCAUGAUCGUUGCGACCAUCCUGACUGUCUUGUAUCAGAUUCUGCUCAACAUGUCCUUUGGGCCAAUGUUCAGAUAUCUGCCCAUGACCAUCGAGGACGAGGCGGUAAUCCGCGAUCAGGUCUUUCAGCGCGCCCAAGAUCGUCGUUUCGGUCUUGUCCGCGAUGAAGAGGAUGAGCAUACCGACAAAGAGAGCGGCCUGCUGGCGGGGCACUCGGACGGCGCACGGGGUUCAUCUGACGAGAACUCCGGCGUUGGUCGGCGUCGCUCGAACAAGCGCGUUGGCUUCAAACCAGUCAAGAUGGUAGUCGGCGCGGGAAAGACUUUGACACAGAAGACCUAUGGCCGAGCCGAGGAGCGCAUGCAGACUGCCAGCAAGGUGCGGGACGCCAAGAGGAACAAAGACCUGGAGGCCCAGAGGGCCAUAGGUGACGCUCUCUAUGGCGGGUUCCAUGACGAAAUCGAAGAUCUGACACCCGAGGAGCGUGACACCCUGGUCAGGCGUGCGUUCACGCACUCUGCGCUGCGAGCCGUGCGCCCGACGGUCUGGAUCCCACGUGACGACAUUGGCGUCAGCGAUGAUGAGAUCCGGCGCACAAACCAAUUCAGCGAGCAUAUCUGGAUCUCUAACGAGGGCACGGCCUUGGACAGCAAGGCUCGGAUCGUGUACGGACGGGCCCCGCCAGACUUUUCCGAGGUCGACAUUAUGGUUUUGUAAUCGUACUUUGUCCUUUCACCAGCAGAGAGCAGUUAGACGUCGCAGCCAACAGACCCUCCCUGAGCGACCUAGAUCAGACAUAAAGGCAUGACCUAGAUAGAAUAGUUCUUUCACCUUCAUCCACACUUAAUCAUCAUAACAUACCAGUUUUUUCGUACGU